GUGGAAUUACGGGACUUCCUUGCAUUUUCGCCAAAAUGCGAAUCUCUGCAAUCAAAGAACCCUAGAAACUCCGAGGGACAGAGAGAGGGAGAGAUGUCGUUCCUGUGGGAGAAGAGCGAGACAUGGAGAUGGAUGGUGAGGAAGACGAGGGACUCGAGAUCCUUCUUCUUCACAUUCGCCACCUUAUGCGGCGUCGUUCCGGGCGUCAUCGGCUACGUCGUCAUGCAGGCUACCAGCUCCCGCAACCCGGAGCUCGAGGCCCGGCUCCGACAAUCGGCCCGACCCGAAUCCCUCAUGAUGGGCAAAGUUAAUCAAGAGAGGCUUGCUGAAUAUCUCAAUGAAUUGAAGCAGAAGCAGGACACCAAUGACCGGUACGUGGCUGCUCUCAGGGGAGAGACUCUUACCAGGAAGCCUUACCAAAGAAUCCAACCAGUCCCGAAGCCAAACGACACUGACCCACCAUAAGACUGGUCGGUUUGGAUAAGUGAUCUUUGUCCGGUUCGGUUUAGUUUGGUUAGGGUUUACCGGUAUUGUUAUUUGUGCGUGUCUCCAUGCCCACAAACUCCUUUUUAAUAGAACUGAUGUAUAAAUCCAUUGAUGGAAUCGGAGAUUACUGCAGAGAGAGAGUGGUUUCUUCAUCAUAUGUGUUUUUUGUGCUUGCACCUCUGUAGUUCCAAAUUUCUGCACUUCUACUACAACUAACGAAACUGUGUAACUACACAUGGUCAUGGGCAUUGUUUUUUCAUUCCCAUCAUGGAGGAGGAAAUGAUUAUUGUGGUACUCCUA